CUGGGUUUCAUUCCCACUUUUUGUAAAUAUAAAUUAUUGAACGUGGUUUGUAGCGAAUAGCUUUCUUAUGUCGCGCAUUCACUCACAUAUACGUGAAAAAUUCAUUGAAAAAACUACACUUUGCAAAUUUCCAAGAAAUAUAUGAAAAACAAGAUUGUAAUAAAGCAGAUUUGCUAAUCAGUGACUUUGACUUGAUUAAUCGGCAUAAAAUUAUUUCAUGCGUCGUCUUAUGAUCUGUUAUGAGAUUUAAUUGACUUAUAACUUAUAAACUGCUUGAAGAGACUAAGUACAACGAUGCCGAGCUUUAUUAAUAUUUUCUGCAUCACCUUGCUCACCGUAUGCUGCCGGCUCGAAGCGAAAUAUGUGCCCGGUGUUUCCUAUAUCGACAAUGUCGUGCUCUACUACAACAAUGUUUCAGGCAUUUGGACCUGCGACAGACGCACUUACCCUUCCGGCACAUUUGGUUGUCAGAUUUGGAGGCUUAACACACCCAACAUUGCGAACGAGUUGAUGUGUACUAACGUCUGUUUUGAUAGCGACCGCAACAUUAAGGGUCUUAUUUUGACAUACACCCAGACUAUGUUAAAUCCGAAAACCGUGUAUGUAUUCGUGGAGUCAUAUGCAGGUGCAAAGUCGGUGUGGACUUCGGAUUACAGUUUAUCUCUGCAGAGUAUAAAUGGGACUAUUGCUCCAGGCGAUUGGCCCGAAGUGCAAGAGAUCGUUAGAGCAAAUAUGAAGGACGUCGAUGAGUCGAGUGGUCAGUAGGAUGAAAUAUUCUCAGACUUUCAGUAGAGGAGCUGUACUUUUUCUGCUUCUCUUGGUCUCUGAGCGAAAUGAAUAAGUAGAUAGUUUGAAAUUAGUUUUUGAAUUCACCUUUUUCGUUUAAAAAUUUUUUAAUGUGUUUUUUUUUUUCCUUUGUGAGUGAUAAAUUUGAUGGCUUGUAACCAAUGAAUCAAUUUUCAGCCAAGCUCCUCUUUUAAUAUGUGAGUGCAUGUCAAUGUUUUUUUGUAACAAAUGGAGUGUCCUGCAGUUAAUAUGCAGUUAAUGCAGCUCCGAACGGCCGCUGGAUUUUUAUGGGGUGUUUUUGAUUUUAUGUAAGAAAUACGCUCAGAGUGGUUGACACUAUCUGCCGAGGAGCGACCGCAAUUAGAAAAAAUAUCAGAGCCUUCCGUUUGAUACUACGUACUGCUAUCAUAUAUAGGUAUAACAGUAUAUAUACCCAGGAGCU